UUGUUUAGUGUCUUUAUCGCAAGGGGACAAAACAGCCACUCUGACAUCGGAAUGCACGAGACACACAUACUGAAACGAGAGCUGUCUGUGUCGACAUGAGAAUAACAAGCGCACCAGCUACCGCCACCCGUUUUACGUUCUGAAUGUUGUUUUUUAUUUUACCCGACGACGAGGGGGGAACAACAAGCAAAAUUCUAGUUGAUGGUUUUAUCCGCAGUGCCUCAGCCAACCAGCCAGCCGGGGAGCAGUAUGUCAAGGCAGCAGCAGCAGCAGCAGCGGACGCCGUUAAAAGUCACCGACAGCGUGGUGGAGGUCAAGAGCAAAUUUGAGGCAGAAUACCGUCGCUUCGCUCUAAAGAAAAAUGGCCAAGGUGACUACCAGGAGUUCUAUCGCCUCCUCCAGACCAUCCAUCAUAUACCUGGUGUUGAUGUGCUCCUGGGAUAUGCUGACAUCCAUGGGGACCUCCUUCCAAUCAACAACGAUGAUAACUUCCAGAAAGCUGUCUCGUCAGCCAAUCCACUGCUCCGUAUUAUUAUAUCCAAGAAAGAGGAUGAACCUGUCAUAUUUGCCACCAACUCCCUCCAGAGGCGUAAAAAGGGGUUGGGUUUAACUGGGCUGCGCACCACAAGUUCAGGCUCCACCCACUCAAAGAAUAAACCAGGUCUUAUGAUUGGCCUCCCUAAAAACUUCAGACAGAUCUCUUCCGUCAUUGAUGUGGACAUUUUACCUGAGACUCACCGACGUGUACGACUUCAUAAGCAUGGAACCCACAAACCACUAGGCUUCUACAUUCGUGAUGGGGUGAGCGUGAGAGUUACCCCACAGGGUGUAGAGAAGGUUCCGGGCGUGUUCAUAUCACGUCUGGUACGUGGUGGGCUAGCAGAGAGCACAGGGCUGCUUGGAGUUAAUGACGAGAUCCUUGAGGUGAACGGCAUCGAUGUAGCAGGGAAAUCUUUGGAUCAGGUUACAGACAUGAUGGUGGCCAACAGUCACAACCUAAUUGUGACUGUGAAACCAGCUAACCAGAGGAACAACGUUGUGCAUCGUGGGAGUAAGACCUCAAUGGGGAACUCUGGUUCUGUAGGCUCAGUUGGAUCUACUGGUUCGGCUUUGUCAACUGACUCACCAAGCCCUGCCUCUCAGAGCAACCCUAUUACUGCAAGCAACAGUAUUGCAGAGGGUGACAGUGAUGACGAAGAUGAUGAUGGCGACAUCAUUCUGGAGAAUGACUGUCUGACACUCUGCGACUCCCACAGACUAAACAACAGUAACAACACCAACCUCAACAGAGACUUACCUGUGAACAGGCAGCACCCCUCCUCCGUGGUGAGGCCCCUCCCACAGAGCAUCUCAUUGCCUAAUAGUGUUGGAGCAUCCGUCAGUGACAGCUUUAUGAUGACGUCCAUUCACAACGAGAACACAGCCAGCAUCAGUCAGGAGAGCAUGAGAGAAGACGGCAACAUAAUAACACUGUAAUCAUGAUGACAGCUACACAGUAGCAGUGAGGACUUUGGGAUGUUGCAACCACAGCUGUAUCCAUUUCAACAACAGCUCCUUGUCAACCAGAUGUCAAACUCAGCAGCAGCCCCUCUGAUAGUUGUUUCCUGUUGAAUCAUGAUGACAGCUACACAGUAGCAGUGAGGACUUUGGGAUGUUGCAACCACAGCUGUAUCCAUUUCAACAACAGCUCCUUGUCAACCAGAUGUCAAACUCAGCAGCAGCCCCUCUGAUAGUUGUUUCCUGUUGACUCAUGCUGAUCAUCUUUUCUGAAGAGGCUGAAAACUAAGUCUUAUAGUUAGACUCACUUACAACACCACACACCGAUGCUUCUUUCUUUGCUUCAAGCAUCGUCUUUUUAUAUUUAUGCUACAUGUGGCUGAUGGUAUGUACACAGCUGCAUUGUCUUUUUCUGCAAGUAAAGAAAAUCCACUCUAGGGAAAUGAUUUAAAUGCCAUUAUGUAUUAACUGGUCAGUAUACUUAGAGAGAGCAGCAUAAUCAAGAAAUAAUUCUUAAUAUUAUUGUUAAAGCCAAAGCUCAGUUUGAUCUCAACAUAUUUAGGAAAUCAUCUCCACCCAAAAAUUCUGCUGCUGUGCUUGGUACUGAAUUGGUUGUUACGAUGUUGUCACGAUGUAAGUAACGUCGUGACAACACCGCUGUUAGGAAACGGAAAACUUUUCAAAAUUGAUGUGAAAACUUCAUAUUUGUUUCUCUCUUUUAAACUAUUUUGUAAUUUUUUUCAUAAUUUUUUUCACUAAAUCAUUUGUUAUAGAAUAUUAUACAUGAUUUAUCUCAUGGGUUUUAGUAACAGAUCAAAAUACUGAAGGGAUAUUUCUAAAACAUGUAGAAUUCAAAGAUGGUGAUCAUUUGGUUCUACAACGCAAAUUACUGAAUGAUAAUUGUAAUAGAUAAUAUAUAGCAAUAAGGAUUUACAGUCUGGCGUACAAAUAUAGAAACAUAUAUGCUGUGACUCAUAAAACAAUUUUUAAUUAUUUUCUGUAAACAGUUUGGGCAGGAGGAGAGAAUGUCAAAUACACAAUAACAUACACAUCAACCAUUAGGAGAGGGUGUCAAAAUAUGGAGAUAAGUCAUAAGUCUUUUUUUUACAGAUAACACCACCUGUGUUGUGACAUAAUCAUAAUCUGAAAGUCAGGCUUCACCAUAACAUUUAAUUUACUUUAAGUAUGUAGGCAUGUAGCGAGACUACUGUGACGUCAAUGCGGGUCAUAAUCCGAUUCGACGCACUCUAGCGUAUCGUUUCUGACAUAAAGGAACCACAACAAAUCGCAGGAGUUGUUUUUUUCCAGAGUUUUUGGGACGUUAGACAUGCCAGAUACCCAAUUAACGUGUAGAAGCACUACAAAAGUGGAAUUUUCAUAAUAUGUACCCUUUAAGCGCAUACUAUGUUAACUAAGUUGCUCAUCAGUGAUUCAAGCCGGUCUAGUGCCCACUGAGUUAUACAGUGCUGUGAAAAUGUAUUUGCCCCCUUCCUGGUUUCGUAUGUUUUUGCAUAUUUGUCACAAUUAAAUGUUUCAGAUCAUUAAACCAAUUUUUUUAUUGGACAAAGAUAACCUGAGUAAAUAUAAAAUGCAGUUUUUAAAUGAUGAUUUCAUUUAUUAAGGGAAAAAAGCUAUCCAAACCUACCCGGCCCUAUGUGAAAAAGUCUUUGCCCCCUUCCUGGUUUCGUAUGUUUUUGCAUAUUUGUCACACUUAAAUGUUUCAGAUCAUUAAACCAAUUUGUAUAUUAGACAAAGAUAACCUGAGUUAAUAUAAAAUGCAGUUUUUAAAUGAUGAUUUCAUUUAUUAAGGGAAAAAAGCUAUCCAAACCUACCUGGCCCUAUGUGAAAAAGUAAUUGAAUUCUGCUCUCUACCAGAAAAGCCUGAAGGACAAUGUCUGGCAAUCAGUUUAUGGAGUGGCCUAGUCAAAGUCCAAACGUAAAUCCCAUUGAGAUGCUGUGGCAUGACCUUAAACAAGCCGUUUAUACUAUACAAUCCUACAAUGUGGCUGAAUUAAAACUAUUCUGCAAAGAAGAGUGGGCCAACACUCCUCCACAGCGAUGUGAAAGACUUAUUGCCAGUUAUCGCACAUGCUUGAUUGCAGUUGUUGCCGCCAAGGAUGGCACAACCAGUUAUUAGGUUUAGGUGGCAAUUACUUUUCCACAAAGGACCAGGUAGGUGUGGAUAGCUUUUUCCCUUAAAAGGUGAAAUAAUGAUUUAAAAACUGCAUUUUGUAUUGACUUGGGUUAUCUUUGUCUAAUAUUACAAUUUGUUUGAUGAUCUGAAUCAUUUAAGUGUGACAAAUAUGCCAAAAAUUACAAAAUCUGGAAGAGGGCAAAUACUUUUUCACUGCACUGUAUGUCACUGAUCCUGUUUUGUUGAUGGGAUACAUUGUUCACAGCUACAUUUGUAGCAAGACAUCUAUAAAAUAUAAUGAGGCGGCUGUGGCUCAAGAGGUAGAGCGGGUCAUCCUCUAAUCACGUCGCGGUUCCAUUCUCCCCCAUUUCUGCAUGCAGAAGUGUCCUCGGGCAAGAUAAUGAACCCCAAAUUGCCCCUGACGGCUGUGCCGACAUUGUGUGACUGAUGUGCAUGUGUUUCACAUGGAUGCACCAUAUGAAUGUAUGAAGCACAUAUUGAGAAACCUGUGUGUGUGUGUGUUUGUAUGUCUGUGUGUAUGUGUAACCUACAAUAGCGCUAUUUAUACAAAUACAAAUCAUUUAUUGUGACAUUAAAAUGGCAAAAAGCCAGCAAGAGAUGGACACAUUUUGUUCAAGUCCACUCAUAGAAAUAACGACUCAAACUAAAUUUUUUCUUUGAUUGUCUUCAAAAAACGUGUUAACUAUUCAUUUGUAAGAGAGUGAAGCAGCUAGUGAGCCCUGUUAUUUCUUACCUGAUGUUUAAAGCAAAAAUUAUAUUGCCACAGUUUAAUCCAUCAACAGCUUUUACAGGGGAAAUAUUUUCAAAAACCACAAAACUUGAUCUUCAACCCAUGAAAGAUACAAAUAUUGGUGUUUUAAUCUCUUGUUUUACAGGUGACAUUUGUAUAUUGGGCCAGUGAACACACAUUUAACUCUUGUCCAUAUACUUCACAGCUAACCUGACAAAUGGCACACAACAUCACUCACCACAGUUAAGGUUAGGCAUUGUUUCUCUCCAGUCGCAGACAACGAAUUGCCAAACUGGCCAGUCUGUGUGUUUCCGUGUGUUUACAGUACAGCCUCAUUUAACUGUCUCCUGCUAUUUUACAACUCUGUUCGAAUCAUCAGCUUUCCUGGUAAACAGAGCUGAUGUGGAUGCUGUUCAGUGCCAGGAGAAAUAAAUCAAGUUUGUCUGACCAGAAAACAUUUUGGCAGAGGUUUGAUGUCAGCAGUAGUUGAACACACACAUAUAAUAUUAUUUUUCACUUUAAUAUAUGUUAAUGUAAAUGUAAGAUUAUGAAAAAAGGGAGAUUUCAUUAGCAGGGAGAUGUUUUUCUGUAAGAGAAGAUUUUAUAAUAUGUAUAAUAUCGAGAGUAUUUUUCUUAUUCUUGUAAUUUUAAACUAUAUGACAAGAGAUGCGACAAAGAUGAACACUGUGCAAGUGUGUUAACAUGAAGUUUCAGUAGCUUAAGUAAAGAUGGUAUUUUUCAGAGACCAGUGUUUCCCAGUUCUAGUUCAAUUAAAUUUCUUCUAUCAUUUGUAAUGAAUGCAUGUUUACAUGUUCCAUGUUAAUCAUGGAAAUCUUGGAGUGGUUUCCCAUCUGAAGGUGUGCAUGUCCAUCAGUCCAACGUUCACAUACUGUAAUGCCCUGAGAGGUUAUGUGAGUUACAUUGUUUUCCUGACUAACAAGGAUAGAGAUAAUGGAGAGAAAAACAACUGAAUCUGGGCAAAUCUAACCAGAUCACCUGUCCCCUGAAGGUCCCAGCCUCAGUGUGUGGCAAUGUUGGUGAUAUGAUUAAUUGUGAGUUUGUUUGGAAAUAUGCACCAAUACAAUAAUAUCAAGUGAAAUGAGAAGGGUAAUGAAAAUUAAGUGGCUCUUGCUCUUAGACCUUACAUUAAGGUAAGGACCGGGCAUCAAUGUUGUUUAAAAACCUUAUAUUAUUCUUUAGGAAAUGUUGUGAAGUAGAACCAUCUUGAAUGGUUAGAGUAGAUUUGCUUAGUAGACACAUAAAACCAACCAUUAAGGGAACAGUCCAAUAGUGUUUCCCAACUACACAGUGAGUGGAGGCAAAUACACAGACCCAGGACAAGUUUAUACCAGCUCAAAGAAUGGAAGGGAAGUGCUUAUCUAGCUUCAAAUCUUAUCUUUAAUCUCAUAUUCAUACAUUUAAUUUAUUAUUAUUAGAUUAUGAAAAUAACAAACUCUUUUAAGAAGCUGUUAGCUGAGGUGUUUCUUAACCAACCACCUGUUGCCAGGUGUAGAGUAACUAUAUGUGUACUACAAUCUGUAUCCACUUACUAUUAAUACUGAACAUUCCCUACUGCUUUAUAUUAAAAUAAUUUACGUGCCAAAUUACAAGUAAUUUUGAUAAUUAUAAACUGCUCAGCUAUAUGCAAAGUAUUUGCCAUUUAGCUGAGCACUUCCUGCAUCAGUCCUCCAAUGUAAAUGCAAAACAAGACAGUGGUAAUUUUAUUAAGACUCUGAUAAGUUUGAAGGUGUCAGAUUGUAGUUGGAUUUUCAUUAGCAGCUGUAAUUAACCGGCUCCUGUCACUGUAUCCUACUGUUCUUCUUAGGCUUUUAUUAUGUUGCCACCUUUCCUUCCUUGUAAGCUCAUCUAGCUCUUAGCUACUGUCUACAUUGUGUGAGACCUAAUUCUAUAAGCGGGGGCAUUUUAUAUAUUUUGAUAAUCUUCAAUGAAACUACUCAUGUCAACAGUCAAGCUAAGAUUCCUCAGAGAUGAAAUUACUGAACUCCUCAUCUGAAUCUGGAUAAACUAUCAAAAAAAACAGACUGUUCCCUAAUGAUUGGUACCGUGAUGGAGUAAAUGUAAAGAAAUAUUUGCUUUAUAAAUAAACUGUUUAAAUAGUAAAAAUGUUAUUAAAUCCACUUUACAUUGGUCUUCCCUUAACCACAGUCUUUCUUGAAAAGCAAAACAGCACAUAAAUGUGACAUUAAGUAAAAUGAGUUUUAAAUGUGGCUUUUGAAGUUGGCCGCACCUGUGAUUAUUUUUUGAAAGCUCCUGGCCAUUUCUAAACAGUCUACACAGAGGACCUACCAGACUGUAAAGCAAACUAUCUUGUGGUUCAGUUUACCAAUGUAACAUCUCCCUUGAUCCACAUUGCUGAUGUGUGAACAGUCUGUGAUGAUCACGUCAAUAUCAUGUCACUGUGCUGCUGUUUGUAGCCUGUUUCCAUCCUGACAGCAGGUCAGUGCAGAGACAUCUUGGUCACUGUCCACUGACUGUACAAGCUUUUAGAAAACAAAUGAAGUGCCUUUCUGAAGUAAGGAUAUAUUUGUCAAAUUGGAUGUCAUGACCUCUGUGAUGUGCAGCUGAAGCACCUCAGUGCAGAUGUUUGUGUCCACAGAGAUGAUGAUGGAUCAGAGGCAAAACUAACACUGCACUGAACUUCACACAGGUGGUUUCUAUGGGAUUCUGUAACUUAUCUAUUAAUGUCAUUUAAGAUGAAAUAUGAUGAUUACAUAAUUAUUAUAAAAGGUAAUAAAUCAUUACAAGGUAUAA